CAAAGCUGUCGGAAUGGGAGAAAAUUACAGAAAGAAAUGAUGGGAGUCAGUUAAUUUAUUCAUUCCUCCUAGCUAGAUUGUUCUGGUCUCUUUUUGGUCACUGACACACCCCCAACGUUGAAUGACGUCAUACAGCCGACGACAAGCAAUAGGUUAAGGUGUUUGUUGUCAAAAUAAGAUGUUGAUGUUGUGUUUUUGUCAAGCAUUAUCCUAACUUUUUCAAUUUAAUGGCAGAACACUUCUGAACAUAUUUAGCUUGACAUGAAUCUUCAUGCAGAGUGUUCAGUGCUGUCAUGUUUCUUAUAAUAAUGUGUACUUUCUCAGGAAACUUGUGAUAUUUGGCAAGCACUGUGUUUGUAUUUUAUUUUGUACAUUAGAUCAUUGAUAUUUCAUUUGAGAAACCUAGACACUUGUCUGCAACUGCUCAGAAAGCAAAUCAAAUUAUCACCAAAAGUACAUUUACUCGGUGGAUCCCCUCUGCUCUUAAAAUGAACCAAGAAACUGCAACUACUUUUCCCUCAAAACCCUUAGUGGCUCCUAGAGUUUUAACUGGACCUGCUAGUCCUUAUAACCAGGGAGCUAUUGAUUGGGGAGAAAAUGGUUUACUAGCCUACGGCUGCCAAUAUACUGUUGUAAUUGUUGAUACAAGAAAUGUACAGCCAAUACAGUCACUAGACAAGCAUAAACAUAUGGUGAAUAGGAUUUUAUGGGGAGUUGGUCAACAGAAAAAACUUGUUUCAUCUGAUACUAAUGGUAAUAUAAUCGUAUGGAACAUUCCAUCUGGAAAAAGCAAAUUUUGCCUGCAGGACAGUAAAAGUUCAGCCACAAGCAUGGCGUGGCUUACAGGAUAUGAUGAGGGCAAUCAUCUAUUGCUCACUCUUCAUCCCCCUUACUCUAUUGUUUUGUGGGAUACACUUUCAGGGUGUAAAAUCUGGAAGAAAACUUACACCGAGUCCCUAGUCGCGUUUGAUUUAAAUCCCUUUGAGGCGAAUAAAAUUGCCUUUCAAUGUACGGACUGUAUUCUUUUUGUAACGGAUUUAUCACCAUCAAAAGUACCAUCAUCCAAUGGACGUAAAUUUUACAUAUCUUCACCUAAACAAGGUUCCAACGCGCGUCCAUCAAAUUCUGGAAACCACCUGUUUGGUGGAGCUGUGGAAGAAAAGAAUGGUGCAAGAGAUCGCCUUCGUAGGCUUAUGAGGGAUUUGGUUGUUGGUGAAGUGAAACCCAAAGCUGAAGAAUCGGUCCAAGUCAGUGAAUGUUUACAAGUUAUACAUCACCAAGCCAUCAGAAAUCUUCUUCUCCUAGUAUACUCAUCAGAAAUUCUCAUUCUUGAUUUACACAUAAACCAGACAGUCAGCCUAAUUCCAUUUGAACGUUCUACUUCCCCUCUUCUCCAGGUUGUGUCUGCCAGACAACGGAAUGUGCUAUACUGCUUGCAUGAAUCAGGUAGUGUUUCAGUAAGAUUUCACAGACAACAGCCUCAGUUUCUUGGAUCACCUCUUGAUGCACCAGGUUCAUCAAAUAGCUUAGCUGACAUGGCGAUUGGUGGAGAUUUUCUAGAUGUUACUUAUGAGCAAAAGUGCCAAAGUGAAAUAAUUAGGCAGACCAAAGGAUCUAAGAUUAUUGGUAUUGCUCUCAGUCGUAAGUGUGAGAAACGAGUAGCUUUAUUUAUUAACACUGGAAAGAUAGUCUUUCUUGAACUUCAAACUUCUAAUGUGGGCGCUGCGUGGUAUGCCAAUUUGCUCCUCAAUUCGUCAGGGCUGCAUCCCAGCUGGCCAAAAGAAACUCUGGCGGACCUUGUGCCUCCACUUAAUAGCGAUGCAGUAGUUGGUCCAGUUCGCCUUCUACUGAUGGGUCUGUUACAUUCGAUCACCAGCCCCCUAACUGCGGUGAGAAUGAGCCACUCAACAUUGUCUGGAAAAAAUGGGAAGAAUCACUCCCUUCAAGGACCACUCCUUGCUGUCGGCACCUCCAAUGGACUUGUUCAAAUAGUCAAUGUUGCAACUGGAACUAUUGAAAAGGAAGUUGCCAUUAGUUCAUACCCUAUCAGGGGUAUUGAGUGGGUCAACCAGCACUCUAUUUUGACAUGGAGCUACCCUAAUUCUAGCCCUAGUAGUAAUUUAGUGCGAAAUGAAUUACGCCUCACAAACAUCAUGACUGGAUAUAUUCAACAAGUGCGCCAAGAUCGUGGUGAUGAAGCAGCUGUUGAAAUUGUUCGUGUCUCUCCACUGAGGUCUUAUUUUGCUGUAGCACAGAAAGAUGCUACAGUUGAAGUAUGGGACAUGCAAAAUCUUAAUUUGCUGUGGACACUUACUAAGAAAUUUCCAGGAGUUUCUGCAUUGGAAUGGAUGAGUCCAUAUAACAAGAGAGGAUCAAGAAAGAAAUCUUCAUCAGCUGAUAAGGAGAGUAGAAGAGCCAGUGUAGUCUCUUCGCCUACAACCCCAGAUCUCUUUCAUACAGAGGAAGUUCAGGCUUUUGGCUCUACUACAAAUGUUGCAGUAGAAGUUGAUACUGAGGAAGGCAAACAAACUGAUGUUAUUAGUGAGCAAUUUGCUCUUGCUGAUACAGAAUGUAAUUUUUAUUAUUAUGUCGUUGAAGGGAAUGUAGCAAAAGACAGUGCAAAAAUUAUCCAAGAGGCUGGAAAAGCUCCCAUUUCAUGUUUAGCCCACAAGGGUGAACUAAUUGCUCAGGGAGAUACUGAGGGUAACCUCCAUUUCUAUUAUUUAAAAGCAAGGAAGCAUACAGUUAUUCCAACAAGUGGUGGUGCUAUAAAAAAAAUGCAUUUUGCACCAGGCGAAGGAAAUAUGAAACUCCUUGUUCUUUAUAAUGAUGGUGUACUCCUUUUACAUUUGGGUGAAAGCUUUAAGCGGGUUGAAUUGAAAUGCCCCAAAGAUAUGGUGACUGUGCUUGAUAUAGACUGGGCUAGUGAAGAUUGCCCUCUCCUUUUGAGUCAAGAUGGAUGCAUUCGAAUCAUGGAUUCGAACUUCAAAGAAAGUUCGUCUUCAAUAAAUGACUAUGAAUUUCAGGAUCGAAUUUACUGUGUAGCCCUCCUUCCAAAGAACGUGCGCAGAAAUCUAGAAAUUAUUCUUGCUACCCGAUAUUGGGAAAAGGAUGAAGAGGCUAACAUGAGUACUGCCCCAAAAGCUUGGGAGUAUUUGACAUCUGAAGAUGGUUUUACAGAGCCUGAACUAAGAGUGAUUGGUGAUCAACUUAGACAGAUGGAUCAACCUGCACUUUCUCUUCUUUCGAUGCAAGAUGCAACUAUGGGUGUAGCAGAACGAAGUCUCCUUGUAGCAAAGCUUUUUGGUGAACAGUUUGAUGUUGAUUUUUGGACUAUUGCCCUGUACUACUUACGAGUGGCUCAGGCAGACCAAAAACAAAGGUUGAGCGAGUCAGACUUUUCACUUUGUGACUUUACUAAUUUAGCAAUGGAAUCACCAUCCUCAACUAGUUCUCAGAACCCCAAAAUUCGAUUAAACAUUUUACCUUUAGAUUCUCAUUAUGAUUAUUUAUGUGAUUCAUACUCCUAUAAGCGACAGCAAAUGGAUCGUGUUGUGUCAUAUGAAAGCAAGAGAGGUGAUGAGGAACACACCAAAAAAGUUAUUCAAGAACUUAUACUUCUUGGGGAGACAGAUCGUGCUGUUCAGCUCUUACUCGAAACGGAACUUGAGAAUCCUAAUUAUUACACAGAUGCAAUUAAAGCUUGCCUUGUGGCCACCAUACAGUCUACAGGUGCUGCGCAGAGCACUAUCAAGCUUGUAGCAACAAACCUAAUUGCAAAUGGAAACAUAUGGGAAGGUGUUCAAUUACUUUGCCUGAUUGGUAAAGGUCUAGAUGCUUGCCGCUACCUUCUCUCUUACAACUUAUGGGACUCUGCUGUAUGGCUGGCCAAAGCUGUGUUACCGUCUUCAGAAAUGCAUGAAGUUAUGAGAAAAUAUGCUGAUCAUCUCUUCGCCACAGGUCACAGGAAUGAAGCCAUACUGGUGAUUCUGUCCAUGGGCAGUUUUGAACGACUUCUUGAAGCUUUAGGAGGUUUUCGCUUACACAAACAUGCAGGACUGUUCCUUCAGGCAUGUCGUGAAUUUGGUCUACUCCCACAAAGGAAAUAUAUGGAACCAGCAUCUCCUCAAACUACUCUUUUGACUGCAGUAGAGCUUGACUUUGCAAGGUGUUUAUUUGAUGCUGGAAAUCAUCAUGCUGCUUUGUUACUUUGUAAGCGCCUUGGGGAAAGUGGAAAUGAGCUACGACGUGAAUUUGAGAUUCUUGCAGAAGAGGUUAUAUAGCAUAGGUUUUUAAUAGAAGUGAAUCCUCUCUGGUUUGAGUGAUUCACUUCCCUGUGAACUUCACUGGCUCCUCGAUUUUGUUUGACAGAUUAAAAAAAAGAAAGGAAUCAAUAAGGGGCUCAGAAUUCUCAUUUUGUGUUGGUAACUUUAUUACUACGGGAUGAUCAACAAGAAAUGAGACAGUGAGGAACACAGGAUUUGUAACAGUGAUGGUUUCACUGUUACAUACAGUACAUGCUAAAAUUCAAUUGCUGCAGAUUGCAGUUAGCUUUUCUAUAUGUACAGAGUGCAUGAAGUUUUGGUUGUAAACUUACAGUAAAUGUAUGAAUAUACAUUUAUAAACACAGAUCCAAUAAUAUAUUUUUAUAAUUUGUGAUAUUUACCAUCUUUUUGUACAGUAUUGAAUGAGGUACAUAAUAGUGUGACUAUUCGAGCCAAUCAGUCUUUUAGACAUAGUGGGAUUCUUUGACAUGUACCAGCUGUAUAAUUCUUUCACAUUUGUUUGUACUGGUUUGCACUGUGUUGUGACAGGCCAUCUUGCAUGUCACAGAGCUGCUUUUUUGUUAUAGUUUUUUUUUUUUAAGAGAAAUCGUCUUAAAUUUAAAGAGAUUUGAAUUUGUACUAAUCAGUGACCUGUGAUCAGUUGAACAGUCAAUUUAGGUAGGGAAAUAUUAUAGCGCUGUACUUAUAAUUAAGAGAUAGCACUGAAAGAGGACUGGAGUAAGUCACUAGAAAACUAAGUUUAUUGUAAGACAUUCCUGAUAUAUGUUUACUAUCACUUGUGAUAUUGUUAUUUUGAAGUUAAUGCUAUUAAUAGUUAUGUCUGUUGAUAUGUUUUGUUUUUCAUGCUGAUAUUGAGAAUUUAGGAUUGAUAAUGGGUAGAUUUUAAAGUUUCCUUUUUAUUUGAUUUUUUAUGGUUUUUAAGCAAUAUACUGUGUUUCCUCUAUGAGGAGGAAAACUGAAAUGUAUUUUGUCUGGUAGUUUUGCGCCUUUAAAGAGAAUCACAGUUACUAUCUUUUACAACUAUUGUAAAAUAGCUUUAAAUCAAAAUUUCUGCUCCUUGCGCCUGUUAAAAAGUUUACUUUUAUUGCUAAUAGCUAGAAAUAUUGGUCCCCUGAACUUUGUUCCUUCAUUUUUGCUUUCAUUAUUUUAUUGCAAUAUAUGAAUUAAUUGUAACAUUUCCUUUAAUAGAGCUCUGCACAUUCCCUGAACACCUUGAGGGCAUCUUGCAUUUUGUUAUUCCCACUUUUGACCUUAACAGAUAUGAUUAUUAGUCAGCUUGGGAAGCCCUUUACAUGUGUGUUCUUAUGCGACUCUUAAGAAUGACGCACUGGUCAUCUAUUAAAUAAAACUGACUCCAAUAUAAAUAAACAUGGAUUUGAAAAAAAAAACAA